GAUAUGCCAGUUAGUAUACUGGUGUUUCUUUAACUAUGGGCACAUUUGGCCUGUGGACUUGAAGAAAAUAAACAUUUCUUACACUUUCACUAAUUUUAUUUGUUUUAACAGUAUGCUACCAUUCUGUCGUCUUUGUCAUUUUUCUGAAAGUUGCAAACAUUUCACCACAUCUUAAAUCAUGAAUUGUUUUUGACAGCAUCAUGUGGUGGAAAUGAUAUUUGUGGAAACAUUUGCAAAAUAAAAUGGCUGUGGUGGCCAAACUCAAAUUUGUUACCAGCACACAGCAAAAAGAGCCAAAAAAAGAUACUUUUGUUUGCAUUUUAUUUGUAUGGAUUUAUGUCUUGCACAUUCUUAAUAGUUCAAACAUAUAUUAUCUCUUCUCUAAGAAUUGUAUGUCCAAAAAAUACACUUUCAUACAUUUCACAUAAUUUUUUUAACGACUUUUUGCAGACUGACUGGAAAUGAUACAGAUUUUUUUUUUUUUUUUUUUUUUUGUGAUUUUUGAGGUAAGUGAUUUUUACCUUGGUUUUUCUGUUUUCUUCACAUCUCAUGAUUCAUCUCAAGCUCUUCACUGCUCUGAUGCCUCCUUGGUAAACAAGUACACCAACUUUUACAUUUACAUUAUAAGCAUUUAUCCAAAGCAUCUUAUAUUGCAUUCAAGGUAUACAUUUGAUCAGUUCAGGCAUUCCCUGGAAAUCUCAUUACCUUGAAAAGUUGAAAUCUUUUCGUUUAAAUCAAAAUAACACUGGGAAAUCAAUGUGGCUCUAAAUAAUAAUGUAAAGAAUGGUUAAAAAAAAAAAAAAAUUGAUUAAAAAACCACAACACUUUAACAUGCAAGUUAAACACUUUAACAUGUUUAAUUUAACAUGCAAGUCUUUCCAUGUGCAACAAUUUACUACGUCAUUUACUGUCAACGUGCAUGAAGCCUUUCCCCUUUUCUAAGAGAAAAAUGCCUUCUAAUAACAAUCAAUCAGAACAAUAUUUUUCCUUUAUGUUGUAUAUGAUUAUAUAACUCAACGUUCAUCACCUCCACCCUUCAUGAUCAAGUCUAGACUUGUAGUUUACUUUCAGAGCCCUAUAAAAGAACAUCUUCUGCUGGCCCGAGAGACAACGGCUGUCUUGUUAUUAGUGAAGACUCAGGGUUUACAGGAAUAGUGAGUAUAUCUUUAAAGCUUUAUGUAAAUAAUCUCUUUUCAGCAAAAGCAGGGCAAUUAAAUGUCAUUAUAAUUAGAUUAGCAUGUGACAACAGUAGAAUUAAUCAUGCAUUUUUCAGUAAUUAAACUUGGUAAAUAACAAUGACCUGCACUACCAAAAGUGCAUAAAUACACAAUCAGUAUCAUGGUGAAAAAUGAUUUAGGGGAUUCGUAUUUCAAUGUGAUAAAGUUUUCAAUUUUCCAUGCAACAAAAUCUGUACAAUGUUAUUUAAAUAUACUAUAAAUAAUUGUAUGUUUGAAACUUACUGCUACAAAUUUGAUGCAACAAUUAGGACUUAAAGCAAUCAUUUAUCUGAUUCUAUCAAAGUAGAAACCACGCAAGAAUUAGUUUAUAUAUCGAAUGAUUUUUAAAACAUUUUUUGUUUUUUUUUGUUUAUAGUUUUCAAAUAAUAGAAAUGUACAUUAAUGUCAACUCUAUUGUUUUAUAGAUGAGUGCAUUUAAACCCAAGGAAAGUGGUGAGGUGAAAAUCGAACACUCUCUGAAUAAAAAUGAGGAAGAGUUUGUAGUCAAACGGAGAAACACUGUUCUACAAAGCCUGCAGAAGAUGCAGAUACAGUGUGGCCAGAAUGAGGUGCCAAACAUUGCAUUACUGGGUUCUGGAGGAGGAGAAAGAGCCAUGGUGGGUUUGCUGGGAUCCCUGGUUCAGCUCCAGAAAACAGGUCUUCUGGACUGCAUUCUUUAUCUGAGCGGAAUCUCUGGAUCCACCUGGUGUAUGGCCUCCUUAUAUCAGGAAUCAGACUGGUCCACCAAACUAGAGACUGUGAAAGACAAGAUCAUCCAGAGACUCAACGGUCCUGGAGUCAACUGGAUAGACGCAGUUUCCAAACUGAAGAAAUAUUACUAUGGGAAAGACUUCUUCAGCUUGACUGACGUCUGGGCAGUGAUGUUCGUCUCAACAUAUAUGAAAGAGAUAGAUGAACACACACUCACAGAUCAGCAGGACCAGCACAGUAAAGACCCGUUUCCCAUCUACACAGUGAUCGACAAGCACUGCAAACAGCGCAAGGAAGCCGACCCCUGGUUCGAGAUCACUCCACAUGAAGCAGGUUAUUCUCUGACUGGAGCGUUUGUGGACACCUCCAGCUUUGGCAGCAAGUUUGACAAUGGCUCUAAGAAGAAGCCGCAGGAUGAAAUUGACAUGCUGUACCUGCAAGCUCUGUGUAGCAGCGUUUUAGCUGAUGAAGAGGAGAUCUGGAAAUGGAUAAAAGCUCUUUUACUACCUGAAAUAAAAAAGAAAUGUGAGAAAAUGAGGCAAGAUCCAAACUCCCCACCUAUAGACGAAUAUCACCAGGUGCUCUUUAACCUUGUGAACAUGAAUCUCGCGAUGUUGAAAGGCGCUGAUCCUUCUGCUUUUGAUAAAGACAUCAGAACAAAGCUGACAGACCUCGCUGGAGGCAAAAGUCAGCUAAUUUUUCAAGUGGAAAAACUGAAUGCUGAAAAAAUUGCUGAUAAAAAGGCAGCAAAGCUAUACAUGGAGCAAUACACCAUAGAUGUAUGCAACUUUUUGAGUGGUCGGUUCAAUUUCUGGCCAUUUGAUGUUUGCAUGAGCAUUUGCAGAUGUUUGGUUCAGUGGAUCUGGGGCAGGAAUUAUAACUUCCUUCACAACAUGACAGAUGCAACAGUGCCCGCCGCUCUUCUGGAAAGUGAGACGAGAGACUAUGAAGACGCUGGGCUGUUGCUCAACUCACCCUACUUCUCAGUGCUGAGAAAAGAGAGAGACAUCGACCUCAUCAUUUCACUGGACUUCAGUGCGGGUGAUGAUCCUUUCACGACAGUGAAGGAAGCUGCUGAGACGUGUAAGAAACUAAACAUCCCUUUCCCUGAGGCCAACAUAGCCAAUGAACUCUCAGACAAACCGAAGGACUUCUAUGUGUUCAAAGGCCAAAACACUCCAACCGUGAUCCACAUCCCUCUCUUUAAUAUGGUCAACUGUGGAGACAAAAUUGAGGCCUGGAGGAACAAAUAUACGACUUUUCAAGGUCCUUACAGCGCUGAGAUGAUCACUGAUCUCAUGAAGGUCGCUGGAAAAAACAUUAUAAACAACAGAGUGAAACUGAUGGAGCAGAUCCGUGCGGUCACUAAGGCUAAACAGCUCCAGGCAAUGGCACGACAAAAUCCAACACUGUGACUCAACUGAAUAUGCAACCAAUGGCAAUCUGAAUAAAGAUUAAAUUGAGUAAAUUUACAAUAAAUAAUAUCUUUAAAUAUCAAUAAAUAGCUGAUCAUUAAUAAUCAAAUCAACAACUCAGAUUGAAUUAGAACCAUGAUUGCUGAUUAAAAUACUGUAUUACUUUGCUUCUAUUCCAAUUAAUUAAACUGUUCUCUAAAAAUA